CUCUGCACUGUAGAGGCAACUGUGCGAGGCAUAUAGGAAGCACAGAAUCCCAACGCAGCAAAAUAUAGUCCAAUGAUGCCGGCCGAACGAACGGAAAUACCGUUAUGAUGUUGAAUUGGUCCUCAGCUCGAGAGGUGGUACUCUCGGUGCACAUCAGUGGCAGAAGGAAAAAUCAGAGGCAACGUGGCAGGAGAUUGAAAAACCUCUGUCAGCCGGUGGUUCGGUUGAUUUGAUUUCUCCCACCAGCCAUCAUUGGCACAACCAUUAUUUGUAAUCCAGCGUCUAAUCAGCGGUAGCCGCAGUUUAAUACGACGCAGGAUAUGGCCUGGACGCCUUCACCGGGUGGAGUUUUACCUGUGGCUAGCACAACCUGUAGUAUGAAGAAUCCACCCAUUUCGCAGCCGUGAUGGAAGGGGCUGGAAUCGUGAGCCUCAUUAACGAAAUGAGCAACACGUUUUUAAUCUGUUGGACUGCGAUUGAGCUUCGUUUGUGUCCGCGUCUUGUCGUUCCGGCAUGGCAGAAUUUGAACGAACUGCACGCCUCAACGAUACAGGAUCCGACAAAAGGGAUCAAGUUUUUGUAUGCUUUCCCACGAUCCCUUGGCCUGGUGACAGUCGGUGGCCAUGGUCUCGAUCAUUCCUGCGCAGGACACACGUCCACUUGGCGAAGCAGUGUCCCGAGCUCGAGCAUGACGCGAUGAAAUAUCCUCUCCAGGAGCAGCUUACCGAUCCCAUCGCCCCACGUGCGCUGUUCACCUGACACAGUCCUAGACUCCCGACGAUUGGGCCUCGAACGCGGAAUCAGAUCUGAUAUUAAUUUUCUGAUACUCUCAGAGAAAGUAACAUUCGCAUUGUGCUCACGUUUGGACAAAAGGUGUGAGACUUCAAUUUUGUAGACCACACUAAUCUGAAGAAAGCUAGUCUAAGGAUCGGUUUGACAAAAGAACACACGCCGAUGGGGGUUCGGAGAAUGUUUUUAAGACUCAUAAAUGUAAGGAAAAUGUGUCGAGGCUACUUGGUCGUCAUCAUCAAUUCUCACAAGCUUGUACAAGAUCUGGAGAAUUUGUGGAAUAUUUAAGUAAAACUUAGUAAUAAAGCCAAAAAUAC